AUGGAUAUCGACGACACCAAGACCCCUACGCCUGAUGGCACAGAGUCACCUCUGUUCGAGCCUGAGGUACCAACAGAGCUCUUGGUACCAGAUGUACCCGCUCUGGCAACGACUGACGCUACGGAGAUAAUCGAUCUAUCAUCGCUGACCAACGAAUCUACUGGAGAAGAGCAACAUGCUUCACCGUACAUCCAGAAGUUGAAGGUUCUUGAGGCCGAUGCCAAACAAGAGAUAUCCAGCUGGGAUCCCAAAUACCUAAGUCAAGAUCCGGAUGUCACUACGGCUGCAGCUGUAGCGGGGACCAAGCGAAAAGCUGCCGAAAUGGAAGAUGAACCAGACAUUGAUCUCGAUGACGACGAUUCCGACGAUGGCGACGAUCGAGUACCGGCUUAUGACCCAGAUCAACAAACCCGACCCAAAUUGCCGCUCUACCAUCCAGGCUUCACGCUUACAGAGUCUACUGCUAAAAACUUAUUGUCGACUAUCAACCAGUAUAUCACCAAGGCAAUGAACAAUGGAUAUGAUGAUGCAGAAGCGAAGCACCUGCGCAAGCAGAUCUUGCGAAACAACAAGAUUCCGUAUCAGGAAGUAGUCCGAAUAUCUGUUGCUGGAGACACUGGAGCAGGCAAAUCGGCUUUGCUAAACGCUCUAUUGGGCGUGAUCAAUCUCAACGUCGAGCAAGCACCUCCGAGUCAGACCAAGGCAUACGCUGCCGAGGUCGAGUUUUUUGAUGUCACCAUCUGCAUAAAGAUGGUCACCGACCUUUUCACGCAGUGGUACAACGUGAAGCAAAAGCAACGACAAGAUGCAGAUGACCUGGACGACAAAGAGCUGGAUCAGAUCAAGACAGCACGCGAAUGCCUUCAAAUUCUCUUCGCAGAUCGCCUAGAGUGUGGAACUAUCGAGAAGUUCCUAUCGACGGCCACAUCAGCCAAGGACCAGAAAGUCAUUAAGCAGCUGACUACUUGGACAACGAAGAUGCACCAGUAUUUCGUCAAACCAGGCCAAACGUCAAUUCACUUCGAAUCUAGUACCCCGGAAAAUCUCAUUGAGAUGUAUCAACCGUUCACCAAGGAAGUUACAAACGCAAGCUUCCAAGAGAAGCCGUUGACCUGCUCUCCUUGGCCUUUUGUCAGAAUCAACCGGGUCUUUUCGAAGUCACCGAUCCUUCAACAGAACGUUAUCAUUUCCGACGUUCCCGGAAGUUCUGAUUCCAACUACUUCCGUAGAGACACUGCAGACCGCUAUCUGCAGAGCUGCCAAAUGACCAUAGUCGUCGCGAAGAUCGAUCGCAUCACGAACGACCUCUCCUUCCGCCAGAAGUACGUCGAUGCCUUUCGACGAAGGCGAAGUGGUAGUGUUAUCCUCGUCGGCACCAAGUCUGAUAUUCUGAACGACGAGAUCAACUCUACGCUGAAAAUGGACGUCACCGCUGAAGACCAACUAGCUGUCAUCGCCAACAAAGUUACCGAGAUCGAGAAAGAUAUCCAAAACAUUGAUAACACUAUUCGUCACAACAUGAUCGACCGUAACACCACGGCAAACAAGCCGUUGAAGAAACGCAAGAAGAAGCUCACCUCGCGCAAGAACGACCUAGCAAAAGAAAAAAAGGACAUCCUCAUCGUGGAGCGCAACAAGGAAGUGACAGUAGCUAUGAGCGAAAACUAUCGCGAGGACACCGGCGACGAUGCUAUCGCGGCCAUCUACUGUGUGUCGAACCUUAUGUACAUGCGUCAUCUCCGCGGGUACGACAAGACGGACCCCUUGUCUGUUCCGACCAUGACGCUCGAUCAAACACAGAUCCCAGCUCUCUGCUCUCAUGUCUAUACUCUGUCUUCCCGCGGAAGGACUUCAGACCUGGAUCAUUUCGUCAGGGUUACUGUGCCUACGCUGUUGAACAUCGUGCAGAUGUCAGACAUUGACACAUGCAUCAAGCGACUAGCUAUCAAAUUUAACAAGACAGACAUUAAGCUCCUCCACGAUCAGCUAGCUGAUCCUGCUUUGCAAACGAGAUUUGACAAGGAGGCAAUGAAGAAGCUCCUCGAGUGGGAGGAUAUGAAUGCUGCCAGCCAUAGGGCUGCAUGUCGAAAGAAAGGUAUCUACGUGCAAAAGAAGAAAUGUAUUGCGAUGGACUGGAACGAGGAUUUCAUGUGGCCUGUCCGACCAUAUAUCGACGUUGCAUUCCGAGCUAUCAUCGAUGAUUCAUGCGAGCUGUUCAAAGCCGAGGCAACCCAAGACAUCAAAGAGAUUAUAACAGCUCUGGACACCAAAUUGAAGAACGAUCCGAAGGCUUUAGCCUGUGAUGCAUACGGUGCUUGCUUCAAAGAGAAUGUCAGCCUUUUCUUUGAGCAAAUCGAUCGGCAUGUAUCGGCGGCGGCAAAGAUUCUCAAAAACGGGAUGAUCAAAGUACACCUCCGCGCCAUCAAACUACGCAGCGAAGGCGAUUACUUUCCACGGGCAAUGUCGAACAUAUAUACUGUAGCCACCGCCAAGCAGGCUGCGGGUAAAGGCAAGACCAUGAAAUUGGCCCGUCACCAGUACCUCCGAGAAGCCAUUCCCGGUCCUAUGGGCCCCUUUGCUCAGAUCGCCAGCUACGCAAAGGCCGAUGCAGAGAAAUCCAUCAAGCGUGCCGGUGAUGAGCUUAAAAAGAACUUGAACGAGAUGCUGCAAAACGUUCAGACGGAUUUCGAGCGUAUGAAGAACCGAAAGGACAACGACACAGAGCAGGGCAAGGCGUUUCGAAAGCAGCUCCACGAGCUGGUUGAAGAGGCGCGGAGGAUUCUGAACGGGGUUACCCAGGAGAGUCUCGACUUGUGCAAGCAGUACAAGUGA